GGCAAGCUCUUUCAAAUGUAGUAGACGGAAUUUACACAGCGCGGGCGGAGUUUAGGUUCCCUAUGUUGAGCAGGCGGCUAACGAAUGAAUUAAGAUUUUAAGAAGUCAUACUGCUUUUCACGUUAAAACGUACAUUUAGCAGAUAAACAGCUUUAUUUGCUUAGUUGGAAGCAAAGUCGUGAUUUAUACUUAAAAUUAAGUACAAAAUUGUGAUGGCGACUGCAACACCCAGCCGCUCAGCCACCGGGAGUGCUCGGGCGGCCGCGACCACCCCGCUCUCCCCGACGCGUAUCUCGCGCCUGCAAGAGAAGGAGGAACUAAGCCAUUUAAACGAUAGGUUGGCUGUUUAUAUCGACCGUGUACGAUCGCUGGAAUUGGAAAAUGACCGUCUUAUGGUGAAAGUCUCCGAGAAGGAAGAGGUCACGACCCGGGAGGUGACUGGGAUUAAAGCCUUGUACGAGUCUGAGUUGGCGGAUGCUCGUCGCAUCCUAGAUGAGACUGCACGGGAGAGAGCCAGGCUGCAGAUUGACCAUGGAAAGGCCAAUGCUGAGUUGGAGGAGGCCAAAAGGAACUUUAAGAAGAAAGAUGGGGACCUGGCCGUUGCCCAGGCUCGCAUUAAGGAGCUGGAGGCUCUGUACAACAAAAGCGAGGCCGCACUCAACACCGCGCUGAGCGAGAAUGGAGCCCUGGAGGCCGAACUGGCUGACCUUAAGGCCCAGCUCGCUAAGGCUGAGGAUGCGCAUGCGGUUGCUAAGAAGCAGCUGGAGGCGGAGACUCUGAUGAGAGUGGACCUGGAGAACCGCUGUCAGAGCCUGUCCGAGGAUCUUCAGUUCAGGAAAAGCAUGUUUGAGGAGGAGGUACGCGAGACCCGCCGUCACAAGGAGAAGCGCAUGGUGGAGGUGGACAGCGGGAUGCAGCAGGACUACGAGUUCAAGCUGGCGCAGGCACUGCAGGACCUGCGCAGACAGCAUGACGAGCAGGUCUCCAUCUACAAGGAGGAGCUGGAGCGUACCUUCAAGGCUAAGCUGGACAAUGCGAAGGUGUCGUCGGACCUGAAUGACAAGGCUGUGAGCACCACGCGGGAGGAGCUCCGGGAGGCCCACGUGCGGAUCGAGAGCCUGGGCUACCAGCUGUCCGCCCUGCAGAAACAGGCCGCCGCAGCGGAGGAGCGCAUCCGCGAGCUGGAGGACCUGCUGGCCAGCGACCGGGAUAAGUACCGCCGGCAGCUGGACGCCAAGGACCGCGAGAUGGCCGAGAUGAGGGACUGCAUGCAGCAGCAGCUGAACGAGUACCAGGAGCUGCUGGAUGUCAAGCUGGCCCUGGACAUGGAGAUCAAUGCCUACAGGAAGCUGCUGGAGGGGGAGGAGGACAGGUUGAAGCUGAGCCCCAGCCCCUCCCGCGUUACUGUAUCCCGUGCCUCUGCCAGCAGCAGCUCAUUGCGCUCCUCGCGCAGCAAGAGGAAGCGCGUGGAGGUGGAGGCGGCGGCCAUCAGUCUCCCAAAGAUCCAGAUCAGCCAGGAGGCGGAGGCCACCGGCAGCAUCACCAUCGAGGAGAUCGACCUGGAGGGAAAGUCUGUGACCCUGAAGAACGACUCUGAGAAGGAUCAGCCACUGGGCAACUGGAGACUGAAGAGGCAGAUUGGAGAAGGAGAAGAAGUGACCUAUAAGUUCAGUCCUAAAUAUGUCCUGAAGGCUGGCCAGACUGUCACAGUCUGGAGUGCAGAUGCUGGAGUGUCCCACAGUCCCCCCACAGACCUGCUGUGGAAAAGUCAGAGUUCCUGGGGCACAGGAGAUGACAUCCUCACAUACCUGGUCAACUCUGAUGGAGAGGAAGUGGCCAAGAGGUUUGUGAGUAAAACCAUGGUGGAUGUGGAGAAUGGAGAUGAUGAGGAUGCAGACUUUGGGGAGGAAGAUCUUUUCCAUCAGCAGGGAGAUCCAAAAACAUCAUCCAGAGAAUGUUCAAUCAUGUGAAAGCAGAUCUUCAGCAUUGUUUUUCUACAAUUGCCCUCCCCCCACCUCGAGAGCCACCUAAAUAUUUUUGUACAUUUCAACAUUUUAUUCAGUUUUGGGGAUAUUUUAAAAUCCUUUUUCUUCCAAAGCAAAUUAAUCUGCCCAGCUUUUUGAGUGGACUUGUUUUUAACAGUCUUUUAAUUGUGAAUGGUAGCUAUGCUUAAAUUUAAAAGAUUUUAGCCAGAUUUAACCCCACCCCCCUGAAGGAAUUAGUUUACCUCUAGGCACUGCAUUCAGCUGUCAUUUCUAACCAAUCAAACGUUAAUUAGACAGAAGUGACUUCUGGGACAUCUGAAGGAAAGCUGGACAGAGUGAAUGAAACCGUUGAGCUUGCCUUCUACACAGGACCGGGCCCAUUCAGAGGACCCCUGCGACUGACACCGUUGAAAAGCACUGCAAAAUUUGUGGUGUUAAAUAUUUUCUCCUAGGCUUACAGUUGGAGGACUUAUGCAAUCGGGUUGUCCUUGAGGCCAUUUUUAUUGUAAAUGUCUUUCUAUAAUGAAGGCAUACUUCCACAUAGUGUCUCAAAUAUGUCAAGCAUUCUAACACUGCAUUGCAAGGCAGUUUGCCUCUAGGCAGUCUGGAUAUAGCAGAUGCUGACAGCACAGCUGUAAAAUGCUUAUUUUUUUCCCCCUUCAGUUAAAAGUCACAUUUCAGGGGGAAAUUUUGGUCAUUUGUGGGGUUUUUAAGUUCACAACAUUCCAGUUCUUGUCAGUUUCCUUUCUUAAAGGAUGUGGUCAUAUCUGGAGCAGAUGAAAGCACUGGGCAGUUUAAACGGUGGCUUAGGGAUAUGUUUUUUAAUUUUUAUUUUAGUUCUUUAAACUUUGCGGACUUUAACUGACAGCCAUUACAUAGAAGCUCAAUGUAGUGUCUUAUUAGUUUGGCUUUGCUCAUCUAAACAGGGUGGAAUCAUCAGUAGGCAGUCUGUGUAUGGUUGAUUGGCUGAAAUUUUAACUAAAAUAUAUAUUUUGUUCAGGUUCCAUAUUUACAUUCAUUCAGCGAUUCAAAUGCAACCAUAACGCAGACUUGAAUAUGUAGAUUUGAUCAACCUGUAAUUGUUAUAUCAGCACUCCAAAUGUAACAUUUAAGACUGAAAUUACACUUUCUGUUCUAAAGCAGAAUGUUAAGAUGCUUUUUUUAACAAAACAUUUAACAUUUUCUAAAAUGUUAAAAUGCAGUGUUAAAAUGCUUUUUUAAUAUAAAAAUCUAAAGCAUCUAAAAUGCCAACCGCAUAUGUUGAGGCAGUGCUUCAUAUUGGCUACAGUGGUAUAUAUCAGAAAAAAGAUACUGCUAUAAAUGUGAUAACAUGGCUUAAUGCCAAAGAUCCCACUUAAACAUUGAAUUAUUAAUCAAUGCAGAAUUAAGUGCAUGGGUAUAAUUAAUGCUUUUUAUAUUUUACAAGAAUGUUAACCUGACUAAGAGUCCUAAUUUGCUCUGAUUAGUGUGCAACACAUCUUGCGUUUUUCAUCCCACGUGCUGGUAGAAAGUCUAAAAAGGCCAUUCGGAUCUAUGUUAAUGGCACAUAAGCCUCCUCUAUAAAAUGCAUUGUUGGGUUGGUUGUUUUUAAUCCAGUUGAAUAGGCCAGUGUUAUAAACGACUCAUGAAGUACAUAGUAUGGAAUUAGAUUUGCUUUGACUAUUGCAACAUUUUAACUUAGCUUGACAUAUUUUAGGGAGGAGAUCCCCAGUAAAUGCAUCUUUCCACCCUGUUUAUGCUAACAUUUGUAUGUUCUCUGUUCUAAUUAAUCAUGAAUUUAUAUCUUUGUAAAUGUAAAAUUGUGUUUCUCAGACAAGCAGUUAUGCACAGAAUAUUUUUUUUUUGAAAAUGGACAAAAACAUGAACAUCUGGCUGUAAUUUUCAGUAGUACGUUCCUGAAAAUAAGAUCCAGGGUUAUUUAAUACUUUUUUUUAGGUUUGCAUCUAUGAAUGUAUGGUUGUGCCUAGAGUUUGAAUAAAGGACCUUUAAUGAAGGCUAAUAUUUUCACAUACAAUUAUAAUGGCAUCAUCAUGGUAGAUAACUGGGGUUGCAGCAUGGUUGUAUUUUUUCAUUGUCCAAAGAAAAUGGUAUAUGAUUGUCAAACAGCUGCACCAGUAUGUCAUGGGCCUUGGAUCCUGCUUGCAAUAAACAAGACCUUUUAGGAUAAGACCUCAGGGCUUGAAAAUUGAAAGAAACUGGGGAUUUUGUUUCCACAGUAUAUAGUAUCCUAAUGAGGCUGCAACUGACUUAAAUGGGUGAACAGGACCAUUCAUUUUAACUUUACAAAUUGGAUGCAUAAUUGAACUUGUUUAUUGCAGGUAGCAAAACCUUAACCUUAAAAUGAAUGCAGUGCAGCUUUCUUUUUCUUCAUAAUUCCAACAUUGGGCUGGGAAACAGAAUUUCUUUCUUUUUUUGUAUGUCUUCAAAUGCAGUGCUUUGCAUUCUUAAAUGACUUUAAUAGAAUUAUGGUAUAUCAAAAUGUGUUUACAUAAAUGUGAGUAUUUUUGCAAAUUGUUCUCUAAAGAUGGUAAAGUUUAGGUCACAAAAGAGCGCCUUCUGUUGAGAAGUGAACAUUUGUCUUGGAAAGGUUUUGUUGCAGCAUUUUGGGAGUUCUGCAAACGUGUGACACAAUUAGCAGAAUACCUUUGUUGUAUAUGCUGUAACAAGUGCUGAAAAUGGGGGAAAACUCCCCAAGACAAGAAAUUUAAUUAUGCUUUGUUGCUACACAUGGGCAUUGUAUAGGAUUGAAAUUCUGAAUGUGUAGGAAACUGUGACAUCUAUACAUAAUUUGUGAUGUGUAUAGAACCAAAAGGCUACCACACUCGGUUUGUCACUGAAAAUUUUUAAUAAGCUUUAUAAAUGGUUAUGCCAUUGUUUCAUGCACUGAUUGAAUUGGUACAUUACACUGCCAAAUUGAUUUUCAGGUUUAUCUAAAUGCAAGUGAAUUUUACUGAAGCUUUUCAGCUUGAGAAACCAGCUAACCAUGCAUAGCCCUUAUAAAAAAUCUAAUGAGGGUAAAAUGCGCCAGAAAAUGUGUUGAAUCAUUAUUUUUUGUAUUACUGUAAGUGAAAUGCAAUUCA